AACCUAUUCUCAAACUUUAAAUGGGUAAGAAUAUUAAGCACUCAUCCUUGAAGACAACAUUAUGCACGUGUGUGUGUGUGUGUGUGUGUGUGUGUGUGUGUGUGUGUGUGUGUGUGUGUGUGUGUGUGUGUGUGUGUGUGUGUGUGUGUGUGUGCGUGCGUGUGUGUGUGUGUGUGUGCGUGCGUGUGUGCGUGCUUACCUUUGUGCGUGUACAUUAAUGUUCCUGUAACACUUACAUAAGCUAAUGGGGACUAUUAAACAAUCAAUAAUAAUACAUUUGACAGCUAUUUAAGAUAUUUUAUCUCAAACCAUAAAUGUUAUGCAAUCUGCACAAUCCUGCAAGCCUUGCAGUUUGUUCAUUUUCUCUUCUUGUGCUUGUGAUUACCGGCAGUCCUAGAGCCAUGCCUUCUAAAGGGAUUGUUCUGGUCUUCAGUAUGCUCUGGUGCUUGGUAAGUUUCCCAUUCCAUCACUAAUGUAAUUUCAUGUAACACAUUACAUUACCUAAAUUACAUUACAUUGCUCUGACCAAUUGUAUUUUUGUAGUGCCUGAUACAUAGUUACUGUAUUUGUCAUAAUUGUGUAACAUUUUUUUAUUUAAUUUUUUUCUCUGUUUUGUGUAGUCACAUUUCUAAUCUUGUUACAUUUUAGUGCAGACCUGUUGCAUUACACUGUUUUAUUUUCCUUAAUUAUUUAUCUGUUUUCUUGUUUGUUUAUUGCCUGCUGUAGUCAGCAGCAUCCCGGCUCACAGGUGAAACAGGUGAGUGAAACCUCUUAUUGUUGUUGUUCAUAACUAUGACUCAGAGUGGUGGUAGAAAUAAUGUCAAGCAAUUGUGUGCUGCGGUUGAUUUGGACAUUCUCUCGCCUGCAGAGACUGAUGUGGAUGAGGGACACGGACACGACUGGGACAUCUUUGACAUCAAUAAAGGUAUGUAAGAAAAUAACUUUAUAACAUGAUUGUGUGUAUAGACAGUAUCUCUGUGUGCUGAUCGUCUAAUGCUCGUGUGUUAAUUUGCAGAGGCAGGAUUGGACCUGGUGGAUGGUGAUAUCGUGAUAGAUGAGGUGAGUUUGACAGCUCAUCUUUUCUUUUACUUGAAUAAUAAUAUGGAUUUCUCAUAGCCUGCCAAUAAUAUCUGGUCAUCAGUGAUCACCAUAAGGGUGUUGUGUCUGAUUGGUCUGAUUGAGAGUGUGUGGUUCUCGCUGUUUAGACUGACAGCAGAAACACCAUCCUAGGGGAGCAGUAUCGCUGGCCUCAGACAGUACCCUACUACCUGGAGGACAGCCUGGGUGAGAAAUAGUACACUUCAAUACUUCAAACAUUGCUUUUGUAAAAUACAUUUAAAUCAGUGUGACAAAAUUCUGUACAAAAAUACAUUUAAAUCAGUGAGACAAAAUUCAAUAAAAUGGUGAAAUAUACACUGCUCAAAAAAAUAAAGGGAACACUAAAAUAACACAUCCUAGAUCGGAAUGAAUGAAAUAAUCUUAUUAAAUACUUUUUUCUUUACAUAGUUGAAUGUGCUGACAACAAAAUCACACAAAAAUGAUCAAUGGAAAUCAAAUGUAUCAACCCAUGGAGGUCUGGAUUUGGAGUCACCCUCAAAAUUAAAGUGGAAAACCACACUACAGGCUGAUCCAACAUUGAUGUAAUGUCCUUAAAACAAGUCAAAAUGAGGCUCAGUAGUGUGUGUGACCUCCACGUGCCUGUAUGACCUCCCUACAACGCCUGGGCAUGCUCCUGAUGAGGUGGCGGAUGGUCUCCUGAGGGAUCUCCUCCCAGACCUGGACUAAAGCAUCCGCCAACUCCUGGACAGUCUGUGGUGCAACGUGGCGUUGGUGGAUGGAGCGAGACAUGAUGUCCCAGAUGUGCUCAAUUGGAUUCAGGUCUGGGGAACGGGCGGACCAGUCCAUAGCAUCAAUGCCUUCCUCUUGCAGGAACUGCUGACACACUCCAGCCACAUGAGGUCUAGCAUUGUCUUGCAUUAGGAGGAACCCAGGGCCAACCGCACCAGCAUAUGGUCUCACAAGGGGUCUGAGGAUCUCAUCUCGGUACCUAAUGGCAGUCAGGCUACCUCUGGCGAGCACAUAGAGGGCUGUGCGGCCCCCCAAAGAAAUGCCACCCCACACCAUGACUGACCCACCGCCAAACCGGUCAUGCUGGAGGAUGUUGCAGGCAGCAGAACGUUCUCCACAGCGUCUACAGACUCUGUCACGUCUGUCACGUGCUCAGUGUGAACCUGCUUUCAUCUGUGAAGAGCACAGGGCGCCAGUGGCGAAUUUGCCAAUCUUGGUGUUCUCUGGCAAAUGCCAAACGUCCUGCAUGGUGUUGGGCUGUAAGCACAACCCCCACCUGUGGACGUCGGGCCCUCAUACCACCCUCAUGGAGUCUGUUUCUGACCGUUUGAGCAGACACAUGCACAUUUGUGACCUGCUGGAGGUCAUUUUGCAGGGCUCUGGCAGUGCUCCUCCUGCUCCUCCUUGCAUAAAGGCGGAGGUAGCAGUCCUGCUGCUGGGUUGUUGCCCUCCUACGGCCUCCUCCACGUCUCCUGAUGUACUGGCCUGUCUCGUGGUAGCCCCUCCAUGCUCUGGACACUACGCUGACAGACACAGCAAACCUUCUUGCCACAGCUCGCAUUGAUGUGCCAUCCUGGAUGAGCUGCACUACCUGAGCCACUUGUGUGGGUUGUAGACUCCGUCUCAUGCUACCACUAGAGUGAAAGCACCGCCAGCAUUCAAAAGUGACCAAAACAUCAGCCAGGAAGCAUAGGAACUGAGAAGUGGUCUGUGGUCACCACCUGCAAAACCAGUCCUUUAUUGGGGGUGUCUUGCUAAUUGCCUAUAAUUUCCACCUGUUGUCUAUUCCAUUUGCACAACAGCAUGUGACAUUUAUUGUCAAUCAGUGUUGCUUCCUAAGUGGACAGUUUGAUUUCACAGAAGUGUGAUUGACUUGGAGUUACAUUGUGUUGUUUAAGUGUUCCCUUUAUUUUUUUGAGCAGUGUAUAUUUCUCUCUCUCUCUGUGUGUGUGCACGUAUGUAGACAUAAAUGCUAAGGGGGUGAUUCUGAAGGCCUUUGAGCAGUACAGACUGAAGACCUGCAUCAACUUCGUCCCAUGGAAGGGAGAGGAGAACUAUAUAGCUGUGUUCAAAGGCACCGGGUGAACACACGCACACACACACACACACACACACACACACACAAACGCCCCAAUGUCAGAAGCCAACACAUUUUCAAACAAUUAUAAAUUAUAUCUGUUCAUUCUUCCACACUUCACCACUCCAUUUUCCAUAUCUCACUUUCUUUCUCUCUCCCUCUCGCUCUCUUUAGGUGCUACUCCUCAGUAGGUAACAGGCAGGUGGGGAAGCAGAGGUUGUCUAUUGGUCGUAACUGUGACCGUCUGGCAACGGUUGAGCAUGAGUUUCUGCAUGCUCUGGGUUUCUGGCACGAGCAGUCCAGAGCCGACCGCGAUGACUAUGUCAACAUCAUGUGGGACCGCAUCGAAGAAGGUAGCAAUCAAUCAAUAAAUCUGUAUUAAUAAGAUAAGAUCACCACCAUAUUCUAGUUUAUAGUAUGUUAGAGAUUAUUUACAUAUAGUCUCAUUGUCUGUAGUUGUCUACUGAAUCAAUCUGCUGGUGUGUCACCAACUAAAUGUACUUUAUACAUGUACAUUUCAUUGACUAAACAUUGUAUUAUUUCCCUUUUUAGGAAAAUACCAUAACUUCCUGAUCCAUGGCGAGUCAGUGUCGAGUGCUCUGAACGUGCCCUAUGACUACGGCUCUGUGAUGCACUAUAGUAAAACAGCCUUCAACAUUGGGUCAGAGCCCUCCAUCAUUACUAAGAUACCGAGCUUCAUGGAUGUGAUUGGUCAACGCAUGGAGUUCAGCAACACUGACCUGCUGAAACUCAACAGGCUCUACAACUGCAGUGAGUCCUCACCUGUCAAUCAAUAUCAAUCAAAAUUCAGAUGAUCAAUCAAUCAAUCAGCCAAUAAUUUACUGUAACUCAGGAGUUCAUCAGACUGACCUUUAGUUAAUGCUUUUACUUGAUAAAUAUCUAAUAAAUAUCUAGCUAAUGAAGGUGAUUAGAUAAGGAUUGUCCAGCCAGGUAGUAUAUUAUCUACAGAAGUGUUUUUAUUGGUUUCUUGAUUCAUACUUUCAUAGAUUAAUGCUGACCUUCCCUCUCUGUCACCCCAUAUCCCUCUCUCCACAGCAACUUCCUCAACAUUCCUGGACUCGUGCAGCUUUGAGAAGGAGAAUAUCUGUGGGAUGAUCCAGGGUCCUGGUGGGAAGGCUCAGUGGGAACACAGACACAGUGUGGCUGGGGGACCCAACACCGACUACACCAACAUGGGCCAGUGUGAGGGUAAGAUAUACACACGCAUACACACACAGAAGCAUACGCACACACACACACUUUACUGUGAUGCAAGGUCCAUAGUCCAUAGUCCUAGUGUAACAUGAUAAUUGUGCCAUAGUGGCACAUCUACUUAUCUUCUAAAGUGAUAAAGAGAAAGGCCAGGAAGGUCAAUGCCCUCCAACAUGUUUGUUUGUCUCUAAAGAUUCAGUGGAGGGACUUUGGUUGAUUAGUUCUCAGAGGAUCACAACAUUGAAGUACCCUGUAGCACCAUAAUGAUAAAAUAUUUUUGAAGGCGAUAUCAGUAAUAUUCUAAUUGAUUUCAUAAAAUAUGAAAAAUUGUUUCCCAUUACAGAAUAUACAUAUUUCUUGAUCUUUCCGACCAUAAUCAGUUUGUCUCACUUAAAUGUUUUGUUUCUGUUUCCAGGAAAAGGCUAUUUCAUGCACUUCAGCACGGUUAAGGGUAACCAUGGUGACCAGGCCCACCUGGAGAGUAGUCUCUUCUACUCAAUGCGAGGUUCCCAGUGCUUGCAGUUCUACCUCCACAACAGCGGGGGUGCCGAUGAUCAACUGAACGUGUGGGUACGGGAGCAUGACGACGCCAAUCCCAAAGGAAAACUGAGGCUCAUCCAGAAAAUCGAUAUCACAGGUUUGAUAUCACAUCUCAGCUCAUACAAAACAAUGUUGUACAACAGUAGAAGGGUUAGGUUAAAUGUGGAAGACACAUUUACGUUGAAUGCAUUCAGUUGUAGAACUGACUAGGUAUCCCCCUUUCCCUUGUUGGGUGUACAAUAGUAUUGAGCAAGGGUAUUCAAAUCUUACCCUACGAGGUCCGGACUACUGCUGGUUUUCUGUUCUUCCUGAUAAUUAAUUGCAACCACCUGGUGUACUAGGUCUUAAUCAGUCCCUGAUUACAAAGGGGAAGAAUUUUAAAAAGCAGAGGAGCUGGCUUCGAGGUCCAGAUUUGAAUUGAAGGGGUAUAGAGAGUAAGUAUAUACGGUUUGUGUGGAUGUCUGUUUCCUUCUGUCCUACAGGUGGCGUCAGAGACUCCUGGGAGCUGUACCAUGUGACCCUGGAUGUGAAGAUGAAGUUCUGGGUUGUGUUUGAAGGCUUGAAGGGCACAGGGGCAUCCACUGGAGGGCUCUCAUUGGAUGACAUCAACCUAUCAGAGACGACCUGCCCGCAGCACAUCUGGCGCAUCCGUGACUUCACCAGUCUCCUAGCACCACACCGACAGGUGUGAAAAUCUACAGGCCGCGCUUCCUGUCCCCCAUUGGAUACUCCUUCCUGGUGAGUGUCAAGGUCACUAUAGUAAAAAGGUUGAGAUGUGAAUAUUCUAAUAUCCCAUAACUCUUUUCAUAAAUGUGGUAGAAUUUAACAAAGGGACCAGCAAUCCUUGCAAUGACGCUGGUGCCAUGAAUUUGUUUAUUUUGGGAAGCUGUCCUCCGGGGCGGCAGGUAGCCUAGCGGUUAAGAGCGUUGGUUCCAGUAACCUAAAGGUCGCUGGUUUGAAUCCCCGAGCCGGCAAAUUGGAAAAAUCUACCGUUCUACCGUUGAGCAAGGCAGUUAACCCCCAACAACAACUGCUCCCCGGGCGCUGAUGACGUGAACAUCGAUUAAGGCAGCCCCCUGCACUUCUCUGAUUGAGUGGUUGGGUUAAAUGCGGAAGACACAUUUCAGUUGUACAACUGACUAGGUAUCCCCCUUUCCCUUUCUGCAUUUGAAUACGUCUGUCCUGGCCUGGUAAUAAUGGAACUACCUAGGUGAGCGUGUACAUCAACGGCCGCAGCAGCCCAGGUAGCAUGGCCAUCUACUUCCACCUAACCUCCGGCCCUAAAGACGACUCCCUCACCUGGCCCUGUCCAUGGCAACAGGCCACCAUGGCCCUGAUGGACCAGAACCUGGACAUCAGACAGAGAAUGUCCAACCACCGCAUGAUCGCCACCGACCCAAACAAGCUGUCCUCAGAUUGUGAGAAUGCUUACACAAAAAAUGCUUACAGAAAGCCCCGAAUAAUAGCAUGUCAUUGGCUCUCUGUCCUUCAUAGAAGCUGCAAGGUUCUCCAAUCUGAGACGAGCGUGAUAAUAGAGACUAGAAACAGUUAGGGAGACAGAGGUGUGGGAGAACCUGAAAUCAGAGAGAAGACAAAUGGUUUCCCUUGAAGGAGAUUUUCCCUUCUCUCCCCCAGGCAAUGAGUUCUACUGGGACAACCCCCGUAAGGUGGGCAGUCUGGUGAACGGUUCUGACGGCAGCCAAUUCUACCGCGGGCCCGGUACCGGAACCAGCAGCUAUCUCACCCACGGCAGGAUGAAGAGCAGGAACUUCAUCAAAGGAGACGACGCCAGGCAUUACGUUCUCAUCACUGGAGAAGGAUCUUAACCAUACUGUAGACAUUCCCAAUCGUUCCGUAGCCCUAGAUCUGUUUAUGCAUUCUUACUAAGUCCUGUGAUCACAAUGACUAUAGCAGUUGGCAAGACAGAGAAACAGAUCUGGGAUUAGACUACCUUGACCUCUCACUCGGUUCUAAACCAAGUCCUCUUCAGACGUGUCUGCACUGCUGGAGACCCAGCCCCUCCCUCGUUCUGCUGUCCAUCAGUCCGAGAAGAGUGCCGUAGUAUCACCCAGCCAGGAGACCACCAACACCUCCACAGUGGUGAUGGCCGUGUCCAUGAGCUUGGCGGCAGUCAUGUUCGUGGUUGCCAUGGCGAGCAUGGUGUACGCCAGGAGAUCGGAGAGUGACGUGAUCGUUGUGGAGAACAUUGACAUC